UCGUGACGUUUACACCGGAAGUGAAAUAAGUAGGACAGUUUACAUUGGUGAUAACCUGCAAUGUAGCGAUAAACGAAGAAAUAUUUUAUUUGGAAUUAUUUGAACAAAUCUAUUUAGAACUUACAAAAUAUUAAAGAAAAAAAAUUAUAAAUGGAAGACCCUGAAGAGCCAAGAGGGGAAUCCCCCUCUGCAGAAGAAGGCCAUUCAUCCAAGCACAUAAGCCUGAUCCGCCCACAUUCUGCUAAAGGCAAAAAGCCCUCCAGCCGUUCCAGCGCUUCCAGCACGCCUGAGCCAACUGUCGGGGGCCUCCGCCGACCAUGGUCAGCUCACCCGAAAACCAGGGCGGACGUCUCCAAAAAGAAACUAGUUCGCGACAACUUAAAAAGAUCUCACAUGAGGCCACCAAACAGACGACAGAAACCCAAAGACGAGGAAACCCCAGCGGAAAGAAACGAAGACGACACGCAGGUGAUUGGCUUGGAAUGUGCCGGGCUGGAUUACAAGCCCCAGAGAUACAAGGUCAGAGAUGAAUCUGCAGACUACGAAGCGCACGGCGAGGACACUUUGGACCAUGGAGUGAACACAUUGGUCUCGGAGUCAUCUAGAUUUCCGGGGUCUCCGGAGCACAGCUGGGCAAUGACCCAGGUCAAGGAGAAAGACGCAAGGUCAGAGACCAAAAAACAACACCCGUCAUUUGAGACGUGGAUCAUGCCGUCACCUCACGACUCUGAAGAUUACGACACAGACCUGGAGACAGAUAUGCUCAAAAAUAUGGAAGAAGUUAAACAAAAGCUUCUGAAAAAGCAGAAAAAGAAGACGAAGAAAGAAGCCGAUAAGCCUAUAGACCCAACGGGGAAAACAACGUACCUCGACCAGUGUAAACGAGACGGUUUGAUUCCAGUUUCAUAUCUCUCUCGUCACCUUGGCGAUAGAAAUUUACGCAUGCGUCAUCAUUAUCUUGGCGGUCUUGCUACGAAACCCGUAGCUAGAGCUUUAGAGUUCAACACAGUGACAGAGAAUCUUGACCUAGGGGACAAUUACUUAGAGGGAGACGGAGCGGUCUAUCUAUGUCGUAUGCUUAAAGAUAAUAUGUUCAUUGUGACUUUGGAUAUAUCCAACAACUUUAUCCAGUCACGUGGGGCUAGGGCAGUAGCCAGCAUGCUGGAAGUCAACACAACCCUUAAAACUCUCUCACUGUCAGGCAACCAACUCUGUGAUAGAGACGCCCAGUAUUUCAUGGAGGCCUUAAAAAACAACAGCUCUCUGACGUCACUGGACCUCAGUAACAACGAGUUUGGGGAGGCCGGUGGGACGUACAUAGCUGCUGCUUUGGUUGGUAAUGAAAGUAUAACUGAUCUCGAUCUCAGCUGGAACUCAUUACGCAACAAAGGAGCUGAGGCCAUUGGCAAAGCUUUAUCUACCAACCAGGUGCUAGAAGUGUUGGAUGUUUCUUGGAACGGGUUUGGAAUGCCCGGAUGUCGAGGUUUACAGCUAGGACUGCGUGUCAACUCUAAGCUUAGGGUCCUUGACAUCAGCAAUAACCGCAUAAACAAGAACUGCGCAAAAGAGUUAUCCUUAGGUCUCAGCAAAAACUUUGGUUUAGAAACAUUACUGAUGAAUUUGAAUGCUUUGACAGAUGAAGGAAUAGAAACCAUUCUAAAAGCUGUCAAUCAAAAUCAAACCCUUACAUACGUGUCACUGCAGAACUGUGGGGAAAUGAAUAUCAACAUAAGCAAUUACAAACGGAUACAACAAAUGGAGAGUGAAAAAGACAUCACCAUUCUGCACGGAGGCCUAGGUGGAGUUCAAAGAUACACGCCCCAGACUAGCGUACUGAAGGUACUGUCCAAGUUCCUGAAGGAACACAAGAUUGACCUGGAGGGAGCCUUGAGACAACAGGACAAAGACCACAGCGGCAGCCUACAGCACGAGGAGGUCAAACUGGCCUUCAAAGAGGCCGGCUUGAGGCUUACUAAUAGACAGAUUGAUACAUUGGUGGAGGAAAUUGACGUCACACAUUCAGGCUCAAUAAAAUGGGAAGACAUACUGACCGGACAAGUCUUGACUGAAUACAAUAAAAGGAAGACUUCUAAUGCCUACAAGAUUGCUGAAGUAGAUCAAGACACGCUGUUCAACAAUAUGAAGAGGAGACAGCUCACUGUUAUAUAACUUUAAGUCUUUGGAAAUGACAGAAGAGGAAAGACUUCAGUAUUAACUUAUCUUCAAUAGCUAUAUGACGUUAAGAAUAUACAUGUAUAUGUGAUGGUUGUAAUCUAAAUCAAUUUAAAAUGUAUUGAUAGCAAGAAUAAAUUUUUGCUAUAAUACUUGAUUUGGGCGACUAAACACUAUUUCAUUAACAAAAUCUUUAAGAUGGUUUGAAUUAUUUAUCUGUUAAUAGUUAUAAGAAGUGUAACAAUUAAGGGGAACUUGAAUUUCCUUCACGUAUGUGCAUUUAUUAAAAGACUGAUCUAAUCUUAUAAUUAAAAGUCUAAUUCAUCUAUCAUGCAUUUCAUCUACCUCAUGUAUUCUAAUGAAUUUGCAUUUACAUGUAAUUUGAUUGACUCCUUGCAUUUAUUUUACUUGAAGCUGUUCUUUAUUUUAUUUAUUAUAGUUUAAUAUCUGUUCACGUCUUCCACUAGCUCAUGAUCAUGUGUAGUCACAGUUUUCUUGCCAGAUAUUAUCUCUAUCAGUAUCAGUUAUUUAAUGUUUUAAACUUUAGCAAAAAGUUCAUUUACCACACACACAAACAUAAGCGAUGAUGUAAAUGGUGUGGUGUUAAAAGAAUAAAAGCAGUGUGAAACAUAGUGAUUACAUUGCAAGCUUUUUAAGACCAAUGUUGAUUAAAUUUUUUUUAUGUUGCAUGAUUCCCCAAGCACUACUGAUGGUUAAUGAACUGAAGGAAAAUAUGGUAGUCAUUGUUCAUACUAAUGAACAUAAUAGAAUCUUAAUUGCAAAUUCAAAUUGUUAAGUAUUGUGCACAUGCUCAAUGGUCAUGUAUUUGAAUCUAUUUGUAAAAAAAAAAAGAAUAAUUACUGUCAUGAUUGAAUUAAACAAAAAUAUCGAAAAACGA